GAUCGGCGGCGGCGGCGGCGGCGGGAGGAGGAGGAGGAGGAGGAGGAGCUGGAGCGGGGCCCGCGGGGCCCUCGGCCGCCAUCACGGAUUUCCUGUGGGACAAGCGCACCGGGCUGGCUGCGAGGACGAUGCCUCACUCCCGAAGGUACCGCUCGUCGGAGCGCAGCAGCCGCGGGAGUUACCACGAGCGCUACCGGAGCCGCAAGCACAAGCGGCGGCGGACGCGGUCGCGGUCGAGCAGCAGCGAGCGGGACCGGCGGCACCGGAGGGAGGACAGCUACCACGUCCGAUCCCGGAGCUACGACGACCACUCAGCAGACCGGCGGGCCUACGACCGGCGUUACUGUGACAGCUACCGGCGCAACGACUACAGCCGCGAGCGGGGCGGGGACGGCUACUACGAGCCCGAGUACCGCCACUCCUACGAGUACCGGCGCUCCCGGGACCGCGAGGGCAGCUACCGCAGCUGCAAAAGCAGCCGGCGUAAGCACAGGCGGAGGCGGCGCCGCAGCCGGUCCUUUAGCCGCUCCUCAUCGCGGAGUCGACAGAGCAGCAGAAGGGCCAAGAGUGUGGAGGACGACGACGAGGGGCAUCUGAUCUAUCGCGUCGGCGACUGGCUACAAGAAAGAUAUGAGAUUAUCAGCACGCUGGGGGAAGGCACGUUCGGCAGAGUGGUGCAGUGCAUGGAUCACCGGAGGGGUGGUGCACGUGUUGCUCUCAAAAUCAUUAAAAACGUAGAGAAAUACAAAGAGGCUGCUCGGCUGGAAAUCAACGUGCUGGAGAAAAUCAACGAGAAGGAUCCCGAGAACACAAAUCUCUGUGUCAGGAUGUUUGACUGGUUUGACUACCAUGGCCACAUGUGCAUCUCCUUUGAGCUGCUGGGGCUCAGCACCUUUGACUUCCUGAAGGACAACAACUACCUGCCUUACCCCAUCCACCAAGUACGGCACAUGGCCUUCCAGGUGUGCCAGGCUGUGAAGUUUCUGCACGACAAUAAACUCACCCACACCGACCUCAAGCCGGAGAACAUCCUCUUUGUGAACUCGGACUAUGAGCUCUCCUACAACCUGGAAAAGAAGCGGGACGAGCGGAGCGUGAAGAGCACGGCCAUCAGGGUGGUGGACUUUGGCAGUGCCACGUUUGACCACGAACACCACAGCACCAUUGUCUCCACCAGGCACUACCGGGCCCCUGAAGUCAUCCUGGAGCUUGGCUGGAGCCAGCCCUGUGAUGUGUGGAGCAUUGGCUGCAUCAUCUUUGAGUAUUAUGUGGGUUUCACCCUGUUCCAGACACACGACAACCGGGAGCACCUGGCCAUGAUGGAGAGGAUCCUGGGGCCAAUUCCUUCUCGGAUGGUCAGGAAGACGAGGAAACAGAAGUAUUUCUACCACGGGCGCCUGGACUGGGACGAGAACACCUCGGCUGGACGCUACGUCCGGGAGAACUGCAAACCCCUGCGGCGCUACCUGACGUCGGAGGCCGAGGACCACCACCGCCUGUUCGACCUCAUCGAGAGCAUGCUGGAGUACGAGCCGUCCAAGCGGGUCACCCUGGCCGAGGCCCUCAAACACCCCUUCUUCGACCUGCUGGGCAUGGAGCCCAGCACAAAACUGUGGGACUCGAGCCGGGACAUCAGCCGGUGACGCCGCCGGUGCCAGGCAGCCUUUGCAUUCUAGCCCCCGUGGAGGCCCCCCGUGACUUCUUAUCCAGACACUUGGUGCUUUUUUUUUUUCUUUUUUUUUUUAUAUAUAUAUACAUGAGAAGAACUCCCCUUUGUAAAGCUGUUAAUAUGUGAGAUACUGUAAAUAGCCCUGUCGGCCUCGGGGCAGCACAGGCCCGACCUGCUGUCCUUCCAUGAGGUGAGGGGGGGCCUGUGUGUCCAUGCUGUAAAUACCUCUCUCGUCAAAGUGUUGCUUUGUCUCCUGUUCCUGCCCUCCCUCGGUGUAAAUACUCCAGGACUCACAGCUCUCUGUAGCUUAUCUGUUCCCUUGUAAGUUAUGGAACUGGUGGGACUGCAUGGGAAUUAUUUUUUGGAUCAAUGUCAUAGCCCAUCCCCACACCAGAGUUUUAUAAGAAUUUUGUACAGUCUUUGUGAAAAAUAAAUAUGAAGUGAA